AUUUACUUAACUUCCUGUGUACAAAUUGAAAGUAGAAAACGCAAGUUGAAAAUUAAAGCGUGACUAUUUUGCAAGAAAUGAUUUAAUAUGACUGAAUAUAUUUUAUGAAAGAUGUCUAAAGAAGAAAAACAAACAAACAUAGGAGAUAAAGUUAUUCAGUACGAAACGUUUUUGAAUGAAAAGCUCAGAAAAGAUUUAAGUAAAAUUUUAGAGCAGAGGGAUGAAGUAUACAAACAAACAGCUGAAUAUCUUCAAUUAAAAACAGUUAUAGAAACAAUUAAGCAAACAGAUUACAAAAAAGAAGAAUUAAAGACAAAGAUAGAUUUAGGAUGUAACUUUUAUGUUCAAGCUAGAGUACCUGACACAUCAAUGAUAUUUCUUAAUAUUGGAUUUGGGUUUUAUGUAGAACUUACCCAUGAUGAAGCAUUGAAGUUUAUUACAAGGAAAACAGAUAAUUUAAAUGAAAAAGCAGAGAUCCUGACAAAAGAUGCCACAUCAGUAAAAGCUCACAUAAAAUUAGUAUUAGAGGGUUUAAGAGAACUACAACAGAUACCAAGGGAACCUGAGAAAAAGCCAUAUAGAGAUGUGUUAUCUUGAAUUAAGAUGACAUACAAUUGUUAACUUAACAGAAACCUCUCCUGUAAUAAAGGAUGAGAAUAUUAGGUCUAGUCUCCAAGCAUUUGACCUAUCUACUAUUUUGUAAAGAAGCAUGUAAAAUCAGAUGUCAAAUAAAAAAUAUUAUGAAAUAAAUGCAUUAGUCAAUAAAA